GAAGAGUCGUCAUGGAGCUCCUUCUCAUGGUUUUCGCACUGUUGGUAUUGGCUUCUCCAGCUAUCGUUGCUCCGGCCAUGAGCAGAGCAGUUGAAGGUGGCGUCGUCGACGAGAAGAGCUACUACUCCCCACCUUCGCGGAGGACUCCGUGCGAGGCUCCGCCGUCUCACGGCAGCGGUGGACAUGGCGCAGCGCCAUCACGCAGGCCACCGUCGGUGCCUCCGCAGGGGGGUGGAGGAUGCUAUUGCUCACCGCCAGUGACCACCGCUCCUCCUCCUCCACUAGUUGGGCCGGUAAUACCAAGUCCGCUCGUGCCUCUCGCGCCACCGACUCCGACGUUGCCUGUGAUCCCGGCGCCGCCACAGCCUCUGGCCCCCGUCGACCCUAACAUCUUUCCCUUCACUUGCGAGUAAGAUCACAAUUUACAAUUUG